UCUGGGUCGCGCCUCUCGGAAGGUCCAGCGCCGGCCCCGCCCUCGGCUUCCUCCGGGGCAGCGGGCGCGGAGCAGCGCGGCGAUGGAAGGCGCCUGUGGUACUGCAGUGUAGGGUCACAAAGAAGUUCGUCCUGUAGGAAAGAAUCCAGACAUUUCAACGUUCCAGAGACACAUGUGGCCACAGGCAUGGAAGAAUGAAAGAAGGUCCCACACACUGUGGAAGCAGGGCAGCCUCUGCAUGGGCUACUUAACUGCAGCUCAAACUCAAAAUAUCCUGAUUGGCUGGCUCCUCCCAAGUCGCCACUUUAUUGGCCAGCGCCUCGGGGCCGCGAUCCAGCGGGUCCGAGGGCUGUGUCAGACCGCAGCGGCCAUGGCGUCCUAUUUCGACGAGCACGACUGCGAGCCGUUGGACCGCGAGCAGGAUGCCCGAACCAACAUGCUGCUGGAGCUCGCAAGGUCUCUCUUCAAUAGGAUGGAUCUUGAAGACUUGGGACUGGUCGUAGACUGGGAUCACCACCUGCCUCCACCAGCUGCCAAGGCUGUGGUGGAGAGCCUCCCCAGGACAGUCAUCAGUGGCUCUCAGGCUGAGCUCAAGUGCCCCGUGUGUCUUUUGGAAUUUGAGGAGCAGGAGACUGUCAUUGAGAUGCCUUGCCAUCACCUCUUCCAUUCCAACUGCAUUCUGCCCUGGCUGAGCAAGACAAAUUCCUGCCCCCUGUGCCGCCACGAGCUGCCCACUGAUGAUGAUACAUACGAGGAGCAUAGACGAGAUAAGGUAGGAGCUGGUGAGGGCUAUCAUGGGUCCUUGGCCUGGCCCCGCUGUGCUCAUUCUCCUCCUCAGCAGGCUGGGCUAGGCCUUUGGAUUCCCUGGCUUUGGCCACCUUUCCAGUGAUCACUAAAGGAACAGAAAUCUCAAGAGUGCAGAAGCUAGGGGCCCAACAUGAGAUCCAGUCCUGUGGUUGCUGCCCAUCCCUCCCCGUGGGUCUUCAGGCUGGCCCUGCCUGUGUUCCCUCUGUCUUUCAGGCUCGAAAGCAGCAGCAGCAGCACCGCCUGGAGAACCUCCAUGGGGCCAUGUACACGUGAGGCAGCUGGGCUGAGUGCCCACCCUCCACAGCGUCUCCCUCCACACCUGAACCCUCAUUAAACGUGUCUUUGCCCACCUGCGACUGCAUUGUUCACAGGCUGGGGCAGGGGCUGGUGUCCUCUACCAGGUCCCUGUUGCUCUUGGGUGAGGUGGUGCUGAACAGCAGAAGGUGCCAGGCUGCAUUUCCCUCCCCAGCGGCCUGUCUGGACUCAGGGUGGUGGAGCUCAGGUAAAGAGCCUGCCACCAGGCAGCCAAGGUUUGGCCUGUACGGGUGGUUGGAAGGCACAGUCUGCCAGGGCCUGUACCCCGCAGCUAUUUAAAGCUGAUAAACUAACCUGCACUUCCCUCCCCCCACUGCAAUUUCUAGUUAACCUUGGAACCUUCAGUUAACCUUGGAAUCCUAGAGUGUUCUUUAGCACCAGAGAGAAAAUUGCUUUUAACAUUUUAAAAGUUGCUCUGUAUCCUUCCCUCCCCAUAUCCCCCUACCUUAGAAUCAAAGUUCAAACCAGACUGAGUGGGGGAAGGAAGUGAGGCUGUCAGGCCAGGUCAGGACUUUAGACAGUUUAGAGGCACAGGAAGGGUUUCAAGCUCUGAUGGGUCCUUGGAUAGUGUCUGGCAUCCUUGGUUCCUGACAGCCCUGCUCUUAAAGAGCUGUGUAUAUUCUGGGCUCUCUCUGGGGGCAGGGGUUAGGGAAAGCCAUCCGGAUUAUGCUCCCCCUUAUUCCAGAAGAGACUACAACAUGCAAAUUAGAAUUCUUUUAAUAGAUAUAAAAAAAGUACUAAAAUA